CACAGAAAGCACGCUUAACGGUCGUGACGUAAUGUAGUUUCAAAGGUUGUGUACAGUUGUCAGACUUAACGUCUGAGGAACACGAUGUGACUGUAAAUACAGACAGUUUAUAGGUUUACAAUCUUCAGCCGGAGAGAAGAGGCGGAAAAGUCUGUCACCAUGAGUCCUUGACAUCUGUCAGUUCAGUCAUCACUAUGAGUGGUGCUUCGCUGGCUGUUGUGGUUGUAGUCGUCUUCUUCUUGGCCCUCUACCUCCUCCAGCGCUAUGGAGAUUUGCGGAGGCAGCAGCGGUUGGUCCUGUUAGGGACGCUGCUAUCCUGGUACCUCUGCUUCCUCAUCGUCUUCAUCUUACCAUUCGAUGUCAGCGCGACUAUCUACAAGCAAUGUAUUCUUGACCAUGAACACCACCCUUCUUCUGUAACUCCAGCAAGACACACUAAUCAGACAGGAGCCAGCUCAUCUCUUUAUCCAACUUUAAGUGUACCAAAGGCGUGUGAAGAGCCAUGGAGUUAUAUACCAGACGGCGUCCUACCAGUGUUCUGGAGAGUUGUAUAUUGGACUUCUCAGUUUCUUACUUGGCUGCUGUUGCCCUUCAUGCAGUCUUAUGCACAGUCAGGAGCUUUUUCCAAAGUUGGAAAGAUUAAAACAGCUCUCAUUGAAAAUGCCAUCUACUAUGGCACCUACCUCCUUAUAUUCAUCUCCCUGCUCAUCUACGUGGCUGCUCACCCACAGUGGAAACUCACAUGGACAGAGCUCCAGACAAUCGGCAUUACAGCUGCCAACACCUGGGGUCUCUUCCUUCUGGUGCUGUUGCUAGGCUACGGCUUGGUGGAAAUCCCACGUUCCUAUUGGCUCUCAUCUUGCCAUGGUCACCUGCUGGCCAAGACCUACUUCAAGACAGCAAAAAUGGCCACUGAGAAGGCAGCGGCUGAGGAGAACUUAGCAGAUGUUAUGGAGGAGGUGGCAGCUGUCAAUAAAUCUGUCAGGUACAACCACUCUUUCAGGAAGUGUGUGGACACCAUUUUGACAAAGUGUCCUACUGAGUACCAAGAAGAGAUGGGGAGAGACGUGGAAAGCUCUAGUGAUGAACAGAAUGGCCUUCCCACUAAAAGAAGCCUAGUUAACCUUCAUAAAAAAGUGAUCUCUGCAGUGCAGAGGCACGGUCAGACCCAGGUUCAGUGGUCAGUGGUGUUAGACCAGGCUUUACAUCUUGAAGACGUAGCUAAGAGUCAGAGCAGCCCGGUCCGCCAAUUCAUCCACAGCUCCUCUUCAGCACAACACCACGGCUGGAUCCGUAGGUUCAUCUACACUCCUACAGUAGAGUGGUACUGGGAGUGUGUGUUCAGGCGGGGCUUCUACAAGCUGCUGGCAGUCCUCCUUUGUCUCUUCUCUGCAGCAGUGGUCUGGUCCGAGUGCACUUUCUUCAGCACACACCCAGUCCUGUCCCUCUUUGCCGUCUUUAUUCAGAUGGCUGAAAAACAAUACAACUACAUUUGUAUAGAGAUGGCGUGCUUUGUCACUAUCUUCUUCCUGUGUGUGUGUGUCUACUCCACAGUGUUCAGGAUACGAGUAUUCAACUACUAUUACCUGGUUCCACAUCACCAGACUGAUGCUUACAGCCUGCAGUUCAGCGGCAUGUUGUUUUGUCGUCUGACUCCUCCUUUGUGCCUUAACUUUCUGGGCCUGAUUCACAUGGACUCGGCCAUCUCACACCAGGACAGAAUACAGACAUCCUAUACCUCUAUCAUGGGAUCUAUGCAUCUGCUGUCUUUCAUGUCUGAUGGGUUCUAUAUUUAUUAUCCCAUGCUGAUAUUGCUGCUCUGCUUUGCCACUUUCUGCAAUUUGGGCUCUCGCUGUUUGAACCUCGUGGGCUUCCAUCAGUACAUUACUGACGAUGAAUUGACCUCCGACCUUGUGGAUGAAGGAAAGGAACUCAUCAGAAGAGAAAGGAGGAAACGACAGAAAACAGAGGAUGCAGAAAAUCGAAGAUUGGCGUGGAGGGAGCGGUAUGGAGCCCAGGGAGCCACAGGGCGGACCAGACCUGGUUAUACAGAGUUAAAUGAUAACCAGAACAGCCCUGUCACAGAGAUCAAGAGGAAUGGUAUCAUGGUCACUAGGAGAGAUAGAGAGACGGACGAGCAGCAGACACGUUUACUGCUAGACGAUUCCAGUGAUGAAGAUUCACCAAACAGACGAUACACAGGAGGACGUUACCUGUCUCUGUCACCCUCUCAAACUGGAAUCUUUGAUGGUGUUUGACACACAGAAGAAGAGGAGGCAAAGCAAGAAGCUCACACAUGAUGGAAAUUU